AUGGGUGUGCCCACGCUCUGGAACCAGCUCGAACCCGCCGUGCGCAUCACGAGCUGGGCCCAGCUCGCCGCGCCCGCCUUUGAGCGUGAGGGCGUCAGGGGCUUCCGGCUCGGCGUCGAUGUCGCCCAGUGGCUCUUCCACAUGGGCCGCAUGAACACGCUCGUCGACGCCGACGGCAUCGAGGUCCACCCCGGAGCCAACGCCGACCUGCGCAUGGUCUUCUACCGCGUGUGCGACCUCCUCGCCCAGGGCAUCCUCGCCGUCUUCGUCUUUGACGGCCCGGACGGCCCCAAGUGGAAGCGGGACAAGCGCGUGACGGGCGUCUGGCGUUGA